AUGAUUCUCAAACUAGGCAUUGAUGUGGGAAAGAUUAGUCCAUUUCGGAGUUUCUUACCCAGGGCUCAAAUUGGGCGGAGGGCGCUACAAACCGGUUCAAGGGUUUAUUUGAACUACGGGAAACUCGUAGGGCCAAGUAUGGAUUGUAAGAGCGUCAGUGUCCUGAUAAGGACUUUACCCCGAAGGCGGGCAUUUCAUACUACAAAGCCGAGACGUAACCACAACAACUCUCAUAAUUUCCCAAAACUUAAAGUGUAUCGAUUCCCACCUGUAGUGGGUAUUUUGGCUGUAAUUGGGGUUAUCUCGCUCACUUUGCUCAUACUCCCGCUGUUUUUCACUUUCUUUUUGCCCUUAGUCGUUGCGGGCAUCGCAGCUUACCAGUUCAACCGUUGGAAAUCAAGCAACUUAUAUGGGCAGCUGUAUGCAGCGCUGCGUUCAACCAAGUCAAGAAUGCCCUACAAGUCUGUGUAUGCGCUUCAACGUGCGAGCCUGAACAACGUAUUUCAGUCAAACAAGAUGCCCAAAGAAAUGAUUCGUGGACUUUUUGACGAGAGUUCAAAGCUGGGUAAAUGGAUAAAUGAGGAUCAAAGCUCUCACGCAAAUGCAAUACUACAACAACUCAAUGAUCGGGUUUUGCGUGCAUUCAUGAAGGACGAACAAGGCAUUCGCGAAUUUUUUCUGGGCCGUAACGUUAAAGAGUGGGUUCAGGACGCCUACGAUCUUGAUCUCGACACCCGCGUUUUCAGAACUCGCGGGAGAAACAUUGAUGGCAGUUUAGUCAUGUCAAUGUCGUAUCCACUCUACUUAUCUUUCCGUAAUCAGGGGAAAAAGCAUCUCGCCGACGUCUCGGUUGUGUUUCUUGACGAAACGUUACACACUCAACCCAUCAAGCUCCUGGCUGACUUGGCCAGAGAAGAUCGUCUAUGCCCUGUUGUCAUCAGUGUCUCUGCUGUUAAGACUCUUAUUCCAAGGCAGUUCAUAUUAACUGACAUGCUUGACUUCGCUGAUUCAGACCACUAUUCUGUCCGCGAAUUCAAAAAUGGACAAAGGGAAUUUACCUACAGGGAGUGA